UCCCGUCGCGGCCGGACCCUCCCCUUUCCUUCCCUCCGGGCGAUCCCGGAACGGCCCAACCUCGUUUCUCUGCCCCGUGCGCUCCCAGGGCCCUGCCUUCGGAAGCAAGUCUCUGCGUUUUCUUUGGGUCGGGGGGAGCUUGGCCCGGAGCGGCGGCUUCGGUCGGGUCUGUUCAAACCCGGUCUAGCCCUUGGGAGCUGCCCCUGCCGGGCGACGGACUUUUCUGGCAACCUGGGGGCGGGGGCGGGCCUGGAGCGGAGCUGGAGAACUCCGCCGAAGAAUUUGGUCCGGCAGAAAGGUUGGUUGAAUUGCUGCUGCCCUGUGGGGACUAUGCUGCCUAAUUGUACAGGGAUACUCAGGUGCCAUUUGGAUAGUCCUUUAGUGGCACGAUGUACUCUGAGUGGAGGUCACUGCAUUUGGUGAUUCAGAAUGAUCAGGGCCACACCAGUGUGCUGCAUAGCUAUCCAGAGAGUGUUGGGCGAGAGGUGGCAAAUGCAGUGGUCCAUCCUCUUGGGCUGGCUUUAGGUACCCCUUCAGUGACUGGUAGUGAGAGUUUAUUAAAAACUGACAAAGAAGUAAAAUGGACCAUGGAAGUAAUUUGCUAUGGACUGACUCUUCCAUUGGAUGGAGAGACUGUAAAAUAUUGUGUUGAUGUAUAUACAGACUGGAUUAUGGCUUUAGUGUUGCCGAAAGAUUCUAUUCCAUUGCCGGUUAUUAAAGAGCCUAAUCUAUAUGUUCAAAGUAUACUAAAACACCUACAAAAUCUUUUUGUACCAAGACAGGAACAGGGAUCCAGUCAGAUCAGACUAUGCUUACAGGUCCUGAGAGCCAUUCAGAAACUGGCUCGUGAGUCAUCCAUCAUGGCCCGAGAAACCUGGGAAGUCUUACUAUUGUUUCUUCUACAGAUUAAUGAUAUACUUCUAGCCCCACCAACUGUUCAAGGUGGCAUUGCUGAGAAUCUAGCAGAGAAGUUGAUUGGUGUUCUCUUUGAGGUUUGGUUACUAGCUUGUACUCGGUGCUUCCCAACACCUCCGUACUGGAAAACAGCCAAGGAGAUGGUGGCUAACUGGAGGCACCACCCAGCAGUGGUAGAGCAGUGGAGCAAGGUCAUCUGUGCACUCACGUCAAGAUUGCUGCGCUUUACAUAUGGUCCUUCAUUUCCUCCAUUUAAAGUUCCUGAUGAAGAUGCCAAUCUGAUCCCUCCUGAAAUGGAUAAUGAGUGUGUUGCACAGACCUGGUUUCGCUUUUUACAUAUGUUAAGUAAUCCUGUGGAUUUGAGUAACCCAGCCAUUAUAAGCUCUACUCCCAAAUUUCAGGAACAGUUCUUGAAUGUGAGCGGAAUGCCACAAGAAUUGAAUCAGUAUCCCUGCCUUAAACAUCUGCCUCAGAUAUUUUUUCGUGCCAUGCGUGGAAUCAGCUGUCUGGUGGAUGCAUUCUUAGGCAUUUCUAGACCCCGAUCAGAUAGUGCUCCUCCAACACCUGUGAAUAGAUUAAGUAUGCCUCAGAGCACUGCUGUCAAUACCACCCCACCACAUAACCGGAGGCACCGGGCUGUUACUGUGAAUAAGGUCACCAUGAAGACAAGCGCAGUUAGUACUGCUCAUGCCUCAAAAGUUCAGCACCAGACAUCUUCAACCUCUCCUCUCUCAAGUCCGAAUCAGACUAGUUCAGAACCCCGACCACUGCCUGCCCCUCGGAGACCAAAGGUUAACAGCAUCUUGAAUCUGUUUGGAUCAUGGUUAUUUGAUGCAGCAUUUGUUCACUGUAAACUUCAUAAUGGGAUAAACAGAGACAGCAGCAUGACUGCAUCUUUUAUCCAAAUUCUUCUUUCUUAUAAAUCUUCCAUUACAACACAAGCUAGCAUGGAGUUUCGACGGAAAGGGUCACAAAUGUCCACAGACACCAUGGUUUCCAAUCCUAUGUUUGAUGCAAGUGAAUUUCCUGAUAACUAUGAAGCAGGAAGAGCUGAGGCUUGUGGGACACUGUGUAGGAUUUUUUGUAGCAAGAAGACUGGAGAAGAGAUUCUGCCAGCUUAUUUAUCCAGAUUUUACAUGCUUUUAAUUCAAGGUUUGCAGAUAAAUGAUUAUGUGUGCCAUCCUGUCUUGGCCAGCGUUAUUCUAAACUCCCCUCCUUUGUUCUGCUGUGACUUGAAAGGAAUUGAUGUUGUGGUUCCUUACUUUAUUUCAGCUCUUGAAACCAUUUUGCCUGACAGAGAACUCUCAAAAUUCAAAAGCUAUGUAAAUCCAACAGAAUUGAGAAGAUCUUCCAUUAAUAUCCUGCUUUCUUUAUUGCCUCUCCCUCAUCACUUUGGCACAGUCAAAUCUGAGGUGGUCCUGGAAGGAAAGUUUAGUAAUGAUGACAACUCUUCUUACGAUAAACCAAUAACUUUUUUGUCCCUGAAGUUGAGACUUGUGAAUAUUCUAAUAGGUGCCUUGCAAACGGAAACGGACUCCAACAACACUCAAAUGAUACUAGGGGCAAUGUUAAAUAUUGUUCAAGAUUCAGCACUUUUGGAAGCCAUUGGUUGCCAAAUGGAGAUGGGUGGUGGAGAAAAUAACCUGAAGAGUCAUAGUCGCACUAAUAGUGGUAUUAGUUCAGCAAGUGGUGGAAGCACAGAGCCCACAACUCCUGAUAGUGAAAGACCUGCUCAAGCUCUUCUAAGGGAUUAUGCUCUUAAUACAGAUUCAGCUGCUGGGCUCCUGAUUCGCAGCAUUCAUCUCGUCACACAAAGACUCAACUCCCAGUGGCGGCAAGAUAUGAGCAUAUCACUGGCAGCUUUAGAGCUCCUCUCUGGCCUGGCAAAGGUGAAGGUGAUGGUUGACUCAGGAGACCGGAAGCGAGCCAUCAGUUCCGUGUGCAGCUACAUCGUGUACCAGUGUAGUCGUCCAGCUCCUCUUCACUCUCGGGAUCUGCACUCCAUGAUAGUAGCAGCCUUUCAGUGUCUCUGUGUCUGGCUGACAGAACACCCUGAUAUGCUUGAUGAAAAGGAUUGUCUUAAGGAAGUAUUGGAGAUCGUGGAGCUGGGUAUUUCAGGAAGUAAGUCCAAGAACAGUGAGCAAGAGGUCAAGUACAAAGGCGAUAAGGAGCCAAACCCUGCGUCUAUGAGGGUAAAGGAUGCUGCUGAGGCCACCCUAACAUGUAUUAUGCAGUUGCUUGGUGCAUUUCCUUCACCCAGUGGUCCUGCCUCUCCUUGUAGUCUGGUGAAUGAGACCACUUUGAUCAAAUACUCCAGGCUACCAACCAUAAACAGGCAUAGCUUUCGAUACUUUGUCUUGGAUAACAGCGUCAUCCUGGCAAUGCUGGAGCAACCUCUUGGAAAUGAACAGAAUGAUUUUUUCCCCUCUGUUACUGUGCUGGUCCGGGGAAUGUCUGGAAGACUUGCUUGGGCACAACAGCUUUGCCUUUUGCCCAGAGGAGCAAAAGCAAAUCAGAAGCUUUUUGUGCCUGAACUUCGUCCAGUUCCUAAAAAUGAUGUUGGAUUUAAAUACACCGUAAAACAUCGACCAUUUCCUGAAGAGGUGGAUAAGAUUCCUUUUGUGAAGGCAGAUCUGAGCAUUCCGGAUUUGCAUGAAAUUGUCACUGAAGAAUUAGAAGAAAGACAUGAAAAAUUAAGGAAUGGCAUGGCCCAGCAGAUUGCUUAUGAAAUUCACCUUGAACAACAAAGUGAGGAAGAAUUGCAGAAGAGAAGUUUUCCUGAUCCGGUUACAGAUUGUAAACCCCCACCUCCUGCCCAGGAAUUCCAAACAGCACGCCUUUUCCUUUCACACUUUGGAUUUUUGUCCUUAGAAGCAUUGAAGGAACCUGCAAAUAGUCGUCUACCUCCUCACCUUAUUGCACUUGACUCCAUGAUACCUGGAUUUUUUGAUGACAUUGGGUAUCUGGAUCUCUUGCCAUGUCGUCCCUUCGACACAGUUUUUAUUUUCUAUAUGAAACCAGGUCAGAAAACAAACCAGGAGAUUUUGAAGAAUGUGGAAUCUUCCAGAAAUGUUCAGCCACAUUUCCUGGAAUUUUUGCUCUCCCUUGGCUGGUCAGUAGAUGUGGGCAAACACCCUGGUUGGACUGGGCAUGUUUCUACCAGUUGGUCUAUUAACAAUUGCAAUGACAGUGAAGGAUCCGAACAAGAUGAAGUGAUUCCCUGCGAAGACAUUGGGGCCAGCAUUUUCAAUGGACAGAAGAAGGUGCUGUAUUAUGCUGAUGCCCUUACGGAAAUAGCUUUUGUAGUCCCUUCUCCUGUGGAGUCCUUAACUGAUUCAUUGGAAAGUAACAUCUCAGAUCAAGAUAGUGAUUCAAAUAUGGAUCUCAUGCCAGGAAUUCUGAAACAGCCAUCCCUGACACUUGAGCUUUUCCCUAAUCAUACAGAUAACCUUAACUCCUCACAGAGGCUCAGUCCCAGUUCCAGAAUGAAGAAGCUGCCUCAGGGUCGCUCCGUGCCUCCCCUUGGACCGGAGACAAGAGUUUCUGUGGUCUGGGUGGAACGUUAUGAUGAUAUAGAAAAUUUUCCCCUCUCAGACCUGAUGACAGAGAUUAGUACUGGUGUGGAAACUACUGCAAAUAGUAGCACGUCUCUGAGAUCUACCACUCUUGAAAAAGAAGUUCCUGUCAUCUUUAUCCACCCUUUAAACACUGGAUUAUUCCGGAUAAAAAUUCAAGGAGCCACUGGAAAAUUUAACAUGGUCAUCCCUCUCGUGGAUGGAAUGAUUGUCAGCAGGCGAGCACUUGGUUUUCUGGUGAGACAGACUGUAAUUAAUAUCUGUAGAAGAAAGAGAUUGGAGAGUGACUCCUACAGUCCACCACAUGUUCGCCGGAAACAGAAAAUCACCGAUAUUGUCAACAAGUACCGGAAUAAGCAGUUGGAGCCAGAGUUUUAUACUUCACUUUUCCAGGAGGUUGGACUCAAGAACUGCAGUUCUUAGACCAGUGUCUGUCUAGGAUUAUUGAACUCCAGUUUGGGACUAUAAUAUCAAAUCAAAACAAUUUGAUAGGUAAUCACUGUAAAAAUAAAAACAAAUCACUCCCCAAGAGCUUACUGUUUAACUAACAGAGUAGAAGAAAUACAUUAUAAAUCCAUUUGGUAGAAGACUUUUGUCUUUCUAGUGAAUGGGCUCCCAGACACAAUCAUAUUCCUGCUGGUAAUAAUGAUACACAUUUUAGCCAUAAACUUUCUUUUAAAAGUGACAAUUUUAGUCAAAUAUAAGCCUUUUGAGGAGAAGGCUUUUAUGCAUCUUAGUUAAACACAUGCAUUGAUAGUAUCAAAUUUGCAAAUUAGACACUGAUGAUAGUUUUAUACCUCACUUUUUUAGGAGGUUGUGUUCAAAUUAAAAUCUGUCUCAGAAUCUUCCAGAACAUUUAAAGACUCAUAUUAAAGAUAGCAUGGAGGAGAAGGAAAGAAAUCUCAACUUUCUGUUCAUUCAUAGGUCUGUCCAUUUGUCAUCUAAUUGUCAUCUGUCUGUCAAACUGACAUAAAGAACAUAAAUGCUCUUUGUCAGAUAAGUCUGACAUUAAAAUACUUUAUAUUUUCUCUCCACAUUCCAAAAAGUUACCAAUCUCAUCACUGUACAGAUCUGUCUGAAGGCCUUAGUUUUGGGCAGCCCAGGAACAGAUCUAAGAUAGAGGCAUGGCCCUGUCCAUUAACAAGGAUACAAAUGGAGUUUGUGGAGUUAAAAGUUGGGAGAUAGCAGCAAUGCCUCCACCCUCUCCAUUACUAUCUAGCUUGGUGACAUAAUGACAGGUUAAACAUUCUUAAUUCCUUGGUUAAAUAUUGAGAAAUAUAAAUCCACAGCAAGGGUUGAAAAUUAUCUGGUUUUAUCCAUUGUCUUUUAUUUUAGGACCAAUCAGGAACCUGUAGUAGUUUAUGAACAGUUCUAAUUUGGGGUUCAGGAAAUAGCCUUUCAGUGCUACUAAUUCAGAUCUCUCCCAGAGAAUCACUGAAUUUCAUCAUAAGUAACAACAUUAGUGACCACCUCCUUGGGUGGCUGCUUUUAAAAUUGGCUGUUGUCCUGUUUUUUGGACUUUGCCAGCUAAUGGCACAAGUCCCUGCCCAGGUUGUGGAAAUACUUGUGUUACUCGCUGCUACUUUUCCACCAGGGAGAAAUGUUUUGAGGUGGCUAGACCCAGAACAUCCUUACAAGGAUUCCUGUUAUAAUGCUAGAGUAUACACUGCUCAUUUCUAUUUUUAUGUGUUUCUUCUCUAUUAAGAUUAUUUUGUGUUAAGAAAAUAAGUGACAUUUAAAAUCCAAAGAGAAGGGAUCACAGUUGUAUAAGGAAUUAUUUCCCACUUGAACUCUGAUGUCAGUAGAUUCUGUAGGUCAGGGGUAUAGUGGUCUAUUUGGUUUGAUGUGUUGUUAGUUUAAUUAAGGCAUGGGGGUAGUGUAGGAUCUAAUCCCUGUGCAUAUACUUUCCGGAAUAUAAAUAUUCCGGAAGUACGUAUUUUGUUAUCUAUGAUCAAGAAAUGUGGGCAUGGCAGGUCUUGGCUUUGUUUGCCAUACCCUUUUCUUCAUGUCUGCUUUAAGCUCAGGUAAAGUUAAGCUCCUCCUUCUACAACGCCAUUUUCCAUUCAGGGUAUAAUAUUAUUCAGUCAUUGAUAUUCUUUUUAAUCUGGGCAAUAAACUGAUUUACUUUCAAAUAGUAGUAUGGGGUAGGGGGAUGUAUGAUAAAGAUUAGCAAGUUCUACUCUAAAAAUACUUUAGUAGCUCAGCAGGUAUAAGGUGAAGUUUAACAACUUCCAUGGAAAUUCCAGAUUGACAUUUCAAGAGAAAAAUGGGCCCUUGCUCUAGUGAACGUGAAACAAAAAACUUAAAAUUGAUGUGCAACUUUAAACACUCCAGAGGUUAAAAAGAACUGAUGCAGGUGUACUUCCUCAGUGUGGUUCUUCAGAUAAAACUUUUAUCUUUGUCAUGGUUUUACUGUCAACAGGAUGUACUGUGGUGUGUGUUGGGAGUAGGUUUCCUGAUCCUUCAAUUUGCUCUAAUUAUUGGCAAGCCUUUUGUAAUUCAAAUGGCUUUGAUAAGUGAACGGCUUUGUUGAAUGCAGUUUGUGAUCUGGAAGACUUUGUGGUCUCCCAGGGAAGGAGGGAUGGAUUCAGGACUGUUCAUGUAGCCCCCAAAGGCAUGAAACCCCAGUGUGCAUAGCACAAACAGAAUAUGGGAUGCAUAUACCUCAUCAGGUGCUGGUUCUUCUGCUCAAAAUAACAUUUACCUAAAACAGGAGUGUGGUAAGAACCUUUGGACCUUUCACUACUACGGGUUUGAGUUCAUGGUCACUAAGUUCACCCAACUGCCUUUAUUAAAAAUCACUUUGAGUACAGUUAUGCCAAAAGAGCAUAUUUUGUCCCUAAUAAAUAAUCUUAAGUAGAGCCUAGUUGAUAAAUUUGCUAGCAUAUGUUCAUAACCUUUGGGGGGAAGCCAGGACCGCUAAGGUCUGUAGCUUAAACAGUUAAGUUGCUGCACGUGAUGCGGUACUGGAGGUGGGUGGAUGUGGCAUUUCUGAUGAAGAAAGCACUAUCCAGGGGAUAGAGGCAGGUAGCCCUUCAGAGUCCCUUAUUGCAUUUGGAAGACAGGGGCUUUCAUCUUCCUCUCUGGUUGGGAACAGUGAGGAAGAGAUGAGGGCUUUUGCCUUUUCUUGUUCAACCAAGCUCUCCCUUUUGUCCAGUACGUCAUCCUGAGACCUCCUCUUGUCCAUUGGCUCUUUGAAAGGAACAGUUACAAGGUCGGUUGCCCUCCUCCUGCCAUGGACAUACACAUAUACACACACGCGUGCACACACACAUGCAUGCUGUCCUCCAUUUCCAUGUCCUCUUUUUCAGGGUAUCCCCUUCUCUGGACUCAUAAAUAAAAAAUACCUACAUCUUUGGCAGGCUGUAUAUCUGAGACCUUCAUGAAUAGUUACUUUCUAUAUAAUCUGGGAAAGCAUUUGUCAGGCUCUGCAGAGUGAUUUUUAGAGAGGCAGAGUCUUCAGAGUGUUUAGUGAUACUGGAAGGUGGGAUUUCAGCCAAAGUGGGAGUCAUCCUUGCUCAGACAUGUUCUGUGGUAGAUGGUGAAAAAUGUACUGGAGGUAAUUUGACACUCCUGCUAGCAGUGGCUCCCCACUAAUACCCAUUGAGGUUAUAUCUUCCUGAAAAGAAUUGACUUACAUGUUUACAUGAGACAGUAAGUUGAGUUAGAUGAUCUGUUUUAAGGAUUUCCAUGACAGCUUCUUUUCCUGAGAUGGAGAGAUUGGAGGUAAUCCACCUGUUUAAUGUGGAAUCAAACUGUGGGGUUCUUGGUAGCUAAAGAAGCCUUGUACUGUAUAGUGUUUUUCUCAGAGUAUCAACUCAUCUUCUUCAGAUGCUUUUCUUUUUUUAAUGGUGAGGGAAAAGGUAUAAUUUGGGAUUCCACAGUGCCUUGCAUAUAAUAGGCGCCCAAUAAAUAUUUGUUGAAGCAAACCAAGUUUCCCAAGUCCUUGUCCCUUACAGUGAACAAGAACAUCUUUCUCCUCUGAAGGGCUUGGCAGUUAUGACUAAAAAAUAAGCAGUAUCAUUAUUUGCUUGAAAUCAUAUAUACAGUUUGUAUGAAUUUCAGUAUGUUGCCAAGACAUGAUCUUUUUCUUAUUGUAUUUUCUGUAAAUAUUUCUGGCACUGAAUUGUAAAGGCGAAUGUAAAUACGAAGGUGUACCCAUGUCCCCUUGCCUCCUGUGUUCUCUCUUCGUUGGUUAGGGACGAAGGCCCAGAGGCUUGUUUGGUAUUUAUGCCACUCCUUUGUCCAGAAGAAACCCAUGGAAUAUUGAAUGUACUACAUUUAGUCAAUUAAAUUUUAAGAAGAUUCUUAUGUAAUUACA